AUGGCACAGGUUCAGGUUCAGCCUCAGGCCGGGAACCCCAGUGGUGGAGUGAACCAGUUCGUGACGUCGCUUUACGUCGGCGAUCUCGAUGCUACCGUCACGGAUUCCCAGCUGUACGAUAUUUUCAACCAGCUCGGGCAAGUGGUCUCGGUUAGGGUUUGCAGGGAUUUGACUAGCCAGCGCUCUCUGGGUUACGGUUAUGUGAACUAUGGCAACCCUCAAGAUGCUGCUAGGGCUAUGGAGGUGCUGAACUUCACUCCUCUCAAUGGGAAGCCCAUCCGGAUAAUGUAUUCCCAUCGAGACCCCACCAUGCGCAAAAGUGGUGCUGGAAACAUUUUUAUCAAGAAUUUGGACAAGGCAAUUGAUCACAAGGCACUGCAUGAUACAUUUUCUGCAUUUGGAAGCAUUCUUUCUUGCAAGGUGGCAACAGAUGCCACUGGUCAGUCCAAGGGGUAUGGAUUUGUGCAAUAUGACACUGAGGAAGCUGCACUGAAAGCUAUUGAGAAGCUGAAUGGUAUGCUGUUGAAUGACAAACAAGUGUAUGUAGGACCUUUUGUUCGCAAGCAAGAAAGAGAAAUGGCUGGGGAGAAGACAAAAUUCACUAAUGUCUUUGUGAAGAACUUAUCUGAAUCUACAACCGAAGAUGACCUUAGGAAAGUUUUUGGUGAUUUUGGAACACUCACUAGUGUUGUUGUUAUGAGAGAUGAAGAUGGAAAAUCAAAGGGUUUUGGAUUUGUCAACUUUGAGGAUACAGAUGAUGCGGCUAGAUCUGUGGAUGUGCUUAAUGGCCACAAAUUUGAUAACAGAGAGUGGUAUGUGGGAAAAGCUCAGAAGAAAGCUGAGAGAGAGCUUGAAUUAAAAAAUCGUUUUGAGCAGACUGCAAAAGAGGCAGUUGACAAGUCACAAGGUUCAAAUCUCUAUAUAAAAAAUCUUGAUGAUACUAUUGGUGAUGAGAAACUCAAGGAAUUAUUCUCUCCAUUUGGUACCAUAACUUCAUACAAGGUUAUGCGAGAUCCUAAUGGAAUAAGCAAGGGAUCGGCUUUUGUUGCAUUUUCAACUCCCGAAGAGGCAUCUAGAGCUCUGGCUGAGAUGAAUAGUAAGAUGAUCAAUGGCAAACCUCUCUAUGUUGCCCUUGCACAAAGAAAAGAAGAGAGAAGAGCAAGGUUACAGGCUCAAUUUGCUCAGAUGCGGCCAAUUGCAAUAACACCUCAAGUUGGUACUCGUAUGCCAAUGUAUCCCCCUGGUGGUCCAGGUUUAGGGCAACAAAUAUUCUAUGGACAGCCACCACCUGCUCUGCUUCCUCCCCAACCUGGUUUUGGGUAUCAACAGCAGCUUGUCCCAGGUAUGAGGCCUGGGGGGGCACAUAUGCCAAAUUUCUUUAUGCCACUUGUUCAGCAAGGUCAGCAAGGUCAGCGUCCUGGUGGCAGACGUGGAGGGUCUGGUCCAAUGCAGCAGGGGCAGCAACCAGUUCCAAUGAUGCAGCAGCAGAUGCUUCCAAGGGGACGCGGGUAUCGUUAUCCUACAGGACGUGGUCUCCCUGAUGUUUCUAUUCCCGGUGUAGCUGGGGGCAUGUUCUCUGUCCCAUAUGAUAUGGGUGUUAUGCCUGUGCGUGAUGCAGGAAUGGCUCAGCCAAUGCCAAUCGGGGCUUUAGCAUCUGCACUUGCUAAUGCUUCUCCUACUGAACAAAGAACGAUGUUGGGCGAAAAUUUAUACCCACUUGUGGAGCAGCUGGAGCCCGAGACAGCAGCCAAGGUGACUGGCAUGCUUCUGGAAAUGGAUCAGACAGAGGUCCUCCAUUUGCUUGAGUCUCCUGAAGCUCUGAAAUCCAAGGUUGCAGAGGCCAUGGAUGUCCUGAGGAAUGUUUCUCAGCAGCAGUCCAACAACGCCGCCGAUCAACUUGCUUCAUUGUCGCUGAAUGAUGGUCUAGUUUCUUGAGUGGACUGGUUGGAACUUGGGAGUGGUUAUUUUGGGAUUUAAAAAAACACACACACUACUAUUUCCUUUUCUGAUGAACUUCUGAAUUUGUGUUGCGGAUAAUGUUGGUUUCGUACUCUGCAUAAACUUUGCUUGCGUGGGCUUGAGGACAUUUAGUCUACUAUGAAUUCUUUGGUUUGAGGACAUUACUCUAUUUUGUUUUA